UUGAACAACGUACACUCCACCCUGAGGGACACUCUGACAAACAAAACAUUCGCUGGCAAUAUUUUGCCGAGGCUCGCGCGAAAUUUCAGGCGGCGGGCGACAAUGAGACGAUAUUAUUUUAUCAUUUAAAAUAGAAUGAACUGAACACAAAGUAAGAUAAAAGGGUCUGCUUGGAUGAUAAUAGUCUUUAUUGUUGUGAAAGGCAGAGAUGGAUUCUUUUGGGGUUUAUGCGGUUUUUGACGUGAGCAGCCCGCCUCAGAAGCUCCUGUCUGCCUACGGAUCGCACAAGGUCUCUGUUGCAGUUCCUUGGACUUCCUGCCAGGUGGUGGUGUUUAGCCAUGGGCCUUGGGGUAACAGGGUGUGUGUCAACGUUGAGCUCUGUGAUGCUGAGCGGAUACCCAUCACCAUGGGCAAACUCACGCCUUACAAUAAGUGCCUGUGUUGGGAGCAGUGGGAAGAGGAGUCAUGGACGAAAAACAUCACACUGACUGUCGCUCUGGAGGGAGGAAACCUCGACACCGUGGCUCCUCUUUCAGUCUGCAAGCUCAACAGCAAGCGAAAGCGAGACCGAUUAUUUGAGGAAGAGCCUGACAAAGGGAAGACAUCGAUAAAAGGUGAGGAAGAGAACGUGUGUCCCAACGGCAAGGUGGUAAAGACCAAAUCUGUGCGAAAGGUCAAAGGAGAACCAAAAGGAAACCAGAGGCUGUUUGUUGAAGAAGAUGAGGCAAAGACGAAGGGAGCAGCUAAUGGGGAGGUGCAAAGGAUUGUGGGAAGGACAUCUUCACAUGGCGAGGCUAGGGUGGUGGGCAGGAAGACCAAGAGGCCCACACAGUGUGAUAAGCCUCCUGUGCACGCCCCUUCGGGUCGCUGGGGUCAAACGCUGUGUCCCAUUGAUGCUCAGACAGCAAUUCUGAUGGGAGGACAGGGGACCAGGAUGCAGUUCUGCAAGGAUCCCAUGUGGAAGCUCUGCACAGAAGACAUGUCCUGGGUCACAGCAGAGACGCUGGCAGAGGGUCCGACCCCUGAAGCCAGAAUCGGACACACGGCUGUCUACGAUCCAGACUCCAAAAGGAUCUUUGUGUUUGGUGGCUCAAAGAACAAGAAGUGGUUCAAUGAUGUCCAUAUCCUGGACACCCAGAGCUGGAAAUGGACCAUGGUGGAGGCUCAGGGUAAAGUCCCCCCGUUGGCCUACCACAGCUGCAGUAUGUUCAGAGGGGAACUGUUCAUGCUGGGAGGAGUGUUCCCUCGUCCAAACCCGGAGCCCGAUGGCUGCAGUGACUCCCUGUAUAUCUUCGAUCCCCACCAAUCCAUUUGGUACCAACCCAUUGUUACGGGCAACAAGCCAUCCCCUCGCUCAGGGCAUUCGGCAUCUGUGAUACAGGAAAGGAAGAUCUAUGUGUUUGGCGGAUGGGACACUCCGGUCUGCUACAACGACAUGUAUAUGUUAGACCUCGGCCUGAUGGAGUUCUCAGAAGUGAAAACAACGGGAAAACCCCCGUCUCCUCGCAGCUGGCAUGGCAGUGCUGUGCUCUCAGACACAAAGUUCCUCAUUUAUGGUGGUUACAAUGGAAACAACGCUCUCAGCGACACCUUCAUCUUUGACACAGGGACAAACUGCUGGACAGAGGUGAAACACCCAAUUUCCGUGCCCAUUGCAGGACACUCCAUUAUCACCAUGGAAAUCACCCAUCACAGUCGCUUCUCAGAGGAGGAGGAGGACACAGAUAUGGAUGCAACCUCUGUUACCACAACUCUGCUGGUGUUUGGAGGCGGAGACAACGAAGGCAACUUUUACUCAGACGUGAUGUGUGUCGCUGUGGAGGAGCUGCUGAGUUUUGUUUAGCAGGUGAACCAUCCCUCCCCCCUCUAUAAUUUAUCUGCUUUUGUUUUUCACCUGUUUUUGUUGUGUCUGGAUUUAAAAUGUCUUCUCACCCUUUUUGGAAUGUGUACAGUUUGAGCAUUUGAAUGCAAACUUUGAGUGCUUUCGAAAAAGUCCCUAUAAUGGAUGGCAGGAUGAAAACAAAACUAUUACUUUUCUUAAGUUUUAAUUUCCUGGUUACAGAGCAGCAAAGUUGCAAAUAACCUUAAUAUUAUACCAUCCCACAAUCAAAGAAAGUGGUUGGUGGAAUUGUUACCUUGUCCAUUCAUUUUGUUGCUUUUGUAAAACCACCUCUGAACUGUUGUAUGUCUUUUGGUUUAAAAAUCUAAAUUUACUCUUUUAUUGUUUUGCAUGUGCACUUGGCUCCUGUUAUCCAAAUUAAGGCUUCCGAUUUUAAUUCA